GCUGUAGGCCCGCGAAUCCCGCCAAAUCCCAUUCUCCGCCCUUUCCUCUCCGAGUCUUUGUCACCGAAGUUGAGGGAGAUGUGCUCUGGGGGCUGGGAGCGCUGAUUCAGACAGCAACUCGGAACCUGUUCAGGGACUGGACGGAUCCGGACAGAGAUCCGGCUCUUGGCCAACUCUGCCGCCCCAGGCCUCUUGGAAUCCCGCUCCUUGGGCCCUGGACCCCAUGGCCGAGAAGAAACUGGUGGUGGUAUUUGGAGCCACAGGUGCCCAAGGCGGCUCAGUGGCACGCACGUUGCUGGAAGAUGGGACAUUCAGGGUUCGAGUGGUAACAAGGAACCCUGAACAGAAAGCAGCCAAAGCGCUGAAGCUGCAAGGCGCGGAAGUAGUGCGAGGGGACCAGGAUGACAAAGCUAGCAUGGAGCUGGCGCUGACAGGGGCUCAUGCCACCUUCAUCGUCACUAACUACUGGGAGAAGUGCAGCCAGGACCAAGAAGUCCAGCAGGGUAAGCUUCUAGCAGAUCUAGCCAAACGCCUGGGCCUCCGUUAUGUAGUCUAUAGUGGCCUGGAGAGCAUCAGGAAGCUGACUGCUGGGAAGCUGUCGGCAGGACACUUUGAUGGCAAAGGGGAGGUGGAGGAGUACUUCCGAGACAUCGGUGUCCCCAUGACCAGUGUGCGGCUGCCUUGCUAUUUCGAGAACCUCCUUUCCUAUUUCCUGCCCCAGAAAGCUGCAGAUGGAGAGAGCUACUUGCUGGACUUGCCCAUGGGCGAUGUCCCCAUGGAUGGGAUGGCCGUGAGUGACCUGGGCCCCGUGGUGCUCAGCUUGCUGAAGGAGCCAGACGAGUAUGUGGGGCAGAACAUCGGGCUCAGUACCUGCAGGCACACCGCAGAGGAGUACGCUGCUUUGCUCAGCAGGCACACUGGCAAGACUAUACAUCAUGCCAAGACAACUCCGGACGAAUACGAGAAGCUUGGCUUCCCGGGGGCCCGAGACUUGGCCAACAUGUUCCGCUUCUAUGCCCUGAAACCUGACCGGAACAUUGAUCUGACCCUGCGACUCAACCCCAAGGCCCGGACCUUGGACCAGUGGCUGGAGCAGCACAAAGGGGACUUUGCACAGCUGUGAUCUUGAAGCAUCCAGUUGGGGAAUGAGAAGGACAACCAUCCUUUCUUGUGUACAGUUUUGUGUUUUGUGUUAUUUUCCCCUAAAUAAAACCAUUGUUCUCACAGAUGGUUUCCCUAGAGAAAAGGC